AUGUUGUUAUUAUCCAUUCUAGGGAAAAAAAAACUUCUCAAUUAUCUAAUUGUAGAUGUGUUCGGUCCUGAACUCUUCGAGCCUAUUCAAUCGCUUAUCAUUCACAGCAUACAAUAUCGUGGCAUGGUCAUGAACAUAGAACAGCAGGCAACCACUGCUCCUACAACCACAACCAACAAUCUACUGGUAAAAAAAUAUUAUGAUUAA